AUUAUUACAAUCAAGGACGGUGCAUACUCCAAUUAUUUUAUCCUUUCUUCCUUCUCCACCUAUAUAUAUCACCUCAAACCAUGUUCACAUAUUCAAAGUUCAAACCAAUUUUCAUUGUUUUCUAACAUCAACUAAUUAAAUUAAUUAGUUUCUUAUUUUUCCUCUUAAUCUUCUUCUUAGUUAGCGUUUUACUUUCAGAUUAACUAAACCGUCAUGGGAACUCAAGUUUUACAUCCUCAAGACUAUUUCAUCAGACCAACUCCAGCUCCCUUUUCCCACCGGAGCAACCACUACGGCUACCACAACCGUGCCGUUACCUCAAAAUCUCACCGGAAGCCGGUUGCACGGCCAGAGAUUAAGAAACCAGUCGUUGCGAGUUCAUACCAACCGGAUACUGCUUUGGUUUUGAAAAGAUCAAGCGCUGAUGACUCUGUGACGGUGAAGAACGUUGGUUCUGCUGUUGAGAACGUGACGAUGAUUCUCCGUAGGGGUAAGUCGCUGGAUUCGUCGUUGGUGGCGGUGAAGAACGAUAAGUACGCUGGAUCUGCGUUUGCGGUGUCUCCGUCACCGAGCGAGCUUCCUCUUCCAUCUUUUUUGACGAAGAAGAAGUCGUUAGCGACGUUUGAUGACUCUGCUACGCAAGAUCUAAGGCGUUUGCUUCGAAUUGUUUGACGCUAGAGAAAACGGGUUGUGGUUCCGGGUUUUGGAUCGGGCCGAACCCGAUAAAAUAUCCAUCUGUUGAUCCAUUUUUACUUCUCUCUCACUGGUCUCCGUUACUGUAACUAUGGUCUUCUCAGUUUCAAGUUCUAAUCCGAUCGUGAUUUUUUUGAACGAAAGGGUAGAUGUGAAAUUGGGGGUGAUUUGUUGUCUAAAAUGGUUUCGAGUAGGGUACAAGCCAUGUGUAUCUUGUGCAGUUCUAUUUAAUUAUGUUCGGAUUGUAUAAGGUUAAUGUAGAAAUUAAGGAUGUAAUAUCAGUUUAAGGUUAAUUAAUAAAUAAUAAUACUACUUUAUUAUCCGCUAAA